AUGGUUGAUGCAAACCGCAGCAAGGCCCCCGCGGGCUCGGACUCUGGUGUCCGCAAGUUUACGCUUUCGUGUUCUCGAUGUAGGGCCUCCAAGCUAAAAUGCGACCGCAAAGAGCCUUGUAUGGAAUGCGUCAAGCGUAACAUCGGCCAUCUUUGCACCAAAGAUGAGCGUCAACCCAGAGCCAAACGGUCAAAAACCGAGCACAAAGACAAGACCGCCUCCAAGAACAAUCCGCCUCCGAAUGGAGACGGGGAAGUUGAAGCAGAGGAGACCGCACAACUCUUGGAGCAUUUCGUCGAAGGAGUUCCUCGUCCAAAUGCCUACCUACCCGCUGUCUCUGGACCAACACCGUCGUCAGUCGCACCAGACUUUCCGAAUCGGUAUUGGUCGAGUAAUGACCCCAAGCGACACGGUGACAAACUCGCCUUGAUCCGAGAGAUCGUCGACGCGAUGCCGGAGCUGGAGAUGAUUCAUGUGCUCUUUGAGGUCUUUGUCACUCGUUGCCAGGGUCCCUUGGGGAAUGUGGUUCACACUCCAACAUUCAUGAAGCAAGCCGAGCAGUUCCGCAACUGCCUAAGUCUUGCUUCACCGGACUCGCGCGUCUUGGCGAUAUCCAGUACGAUCUCGAUGGAGACACUGGGCUGUUAUCUGUUAGCGCUCGUGCUCGGUCUCGCUUUUCAUCCCACACCGUCUCUACUAGGAUGGACUCCUACGCCUCUGACUCUACGGGUAGAGGAGCUUCGAGCGUCAGAUAUGCACUCGAAGACCUGGAGAUCGCUGGGCUUGCGCUGUCUCCAGGACGGAGUGUCUCUCUUUUGUGGCUCGAUCGCCGGUUUACAGGCAGCGAUUAUGCUUUUGCUUGACGGGCAGGAGGGCUCGUUGGCGCUGGACGCUGUUCUGGUCACUGCGAUUUCUGGAGCCCGCAAACUCGGUCUGCACCGGUUGGGUGACAUCAAGUUAGACGCCUCUGCAUCACACUCUGCACCCUUGGUCAAUGGCACGUCAGCACCGGCGGAACAGCCGCAUAUUCGAACGGAAAUAGGCAUUCGCAUUUGGUGGGCACUCGUACAAAGGGAUUGGUCGCGCGGACAAGCCCUCGGCUACUACACCGUCCAUCCAUCACAAUUCAACACUCGGAUGCCGUUGCACAUCAAUGAUGAUGAUCUCUGUCUGUCGACAUGGAGGGUGAGCGUCAAUGGCGAAAUCACGGAGCGGCCUCGAUCCGAGUUCACCAUGAUGUCGUAUACUGUCCAUGCCCUCGAACUUGCUACCAUUGUACGCGAAUCGGUUGAUCUAUGGGGAUCCCUGACUCUGCGGCCCGACGCGACCACUGAAUCUGCCCAGUUGCGCAAACAUCUCAACAACAAGUACGAAAAGUACGUUGCUGGCCUGCCGUCGUAUUUUCGAUUGGGCAGCACUGUAGGACUCACAGCCACCGGCCCAAUGGCAGCGAUCCCCGUGCAACGAUGGAUGUUGCACCAGCAACUGUGGAGCUUACUCCUUCGACUGCAUCGAGCCAAUCUGUCCUCUCCAAUUGGCCGUGCUUCCUGUCAGCUUCUGGCCCAAAAUAUUAUCGGUACCCAAGCUCAGAUCCAGGCGCGAUGCGCGGUUUGUGGCUCGCUGUCGACCAGCGAGACCCAGCUAUUCAACGCGGCCGUUGUUUUGCUCAUCGACCUGCUCUUCACAUCCAAGCAAGCGGAUGCGGAUAGUGCAAGUGCACACCUCAGCCGAUUGAUGACUCGCGACAAGAUCAGGGAAGCGAUUGAAUUAUUACGGACCAAGAGCAUCACGGAAGGGUCGUCGCUUCACGACCUGCACUUGGAGCAAGUCAAGGGCUCUGCGCAGCGCAGUGUCGUUGCUCUGGAAGCCUUGAUGAAGCUUGAAGAAGACGACUCUGACCACAGCGGCGGCAACCACCCGGGUAAUCCAACUGGAAAUUGUCCAGGAGCACAGCCGGCCGGGUCAGACAAUAGCGCACAAAACUCGCUACGACGCAAGGUCGCCGAUAUUCUCAAGACCUUGAGCGGAACGGCCGACCCUGCCACCGCACCCGUGCAAGAGCAGCAGGCAGCCUUUGAUGCCUUUUCGCCGUUUGAUAUGUCGAUGCCGUUUGCCAAUGUCGCUGACGGGUUCCCCGACUUGGACGUGCUGCCGAUUCUCUCCAACGGCCUGAGCCCUAACUUCUGGCAAUUCUUGGACUUUCCCCCGCCACCACCGGAUUUUCACACCAAGGAGGUCUCGUUUGCUACCCUGGGAGACCUGCCUGGCCCCAUUGGGCUGGGCACUUGUCAAUUUGCCGAUUCGUAUAGUAGUACUCCUGGCACCCGUAUGACGCAUACAUCACCUUCGUCCCUGCAGAGUGAACCUAUCGGGCUGGGGAGUGACUCUGCCACGACUCCUUCUAGCGCUGAUGCCUACGUUGCCGCCAAGUUUUAUUAUGCGAUGGGAGACGGGGCACUCGCUCCUAUGUAG